AUGUAAGGCACAAAACAAUACUUUUGCAGAGAAUCCCGCUUCAGUUCCUUUCUGCCUUGUUCUACUACUGCUAAUCAUCGUUGGGCAGACGCCCAUCUUUUAGUUCUGUUUGAUUUGUAAUCAUGAGCAUUUUAUCGGAGAUUUUGAGUACGGGUCAUGUAGAUAAAGAGCUUCUUGAUGCAUUAGAUGAUGCACAGAAACAAUUACUGUUUUGUCAAAUGCGUGCAGAGCAGGUUAGGAAAUGGCAGGCAAAUGAGGAACGGCUGGAAAGAGAGGGAGCUCCGAAGAAAAAGACAAAUAAGAGAGGAAUCAAGUGGUUGACAGGAGCCGAUGGUGAAGUAUGGGUCUGGGUGAUGGGUGAUCACCCAAUGGAUAAAUCCAUAGAGGAAAUACUGGAAGAAGAGGCUCGACAAGAAGCCCAUAAACGAGCUUUGAAAGAGCUAGCCGGCCAAGAUAACGGUGAUGUCAAAGAACCUGAAGAAGCACUGAAGGCACAACUGGGACAGUUGCGGGUGGGAGUCACGGAUUCUGUAUACGACGACUCUGACACGCCUUUCGACCCCGCGCAUCCAUUGUUAUUCAGACCAGUCAGAAGAGAGUUGUCACUGAAUGGAAAUGGGGUUGCCCAUACCAAUGGAACUUCUCCACCUCCUCGUCCCAUAGCCGUUACAUCAACGACAGUAUCAAGUUUCACAACGCCUCAACCACAAAAAGCCGAGCUUCGUGGUCCGCCACCGCCUGUUCCAGCUCGACCACCAAAUCUUGCCCAAAAGGUUGCUGUGCAAGCGACCCAGAGUUUGCCUCCUGCUGUGCCUCUACCCACUACAUCUUGGCAGGAUACACUGUUGGUUAAUGGUGUGAAACUAAGACCGCCUCGAGAUAUAACUCCGGAACAAAAAGCUGAAGAUGUCCAAAAACGAGAGUCAGAAAUCUUCCAAAGCAUCCAGGAAAAGCGAGAACGCAUACGACGGGAAGCCGAGGCGGAGUCGGAGAGACAGCGGAUUGAGUGGGAGCAGCAAAAUCAGCGUGCUCGUGAAGCAGAAGAGGCGAUGCGUAAAAUGGCUCAGAAAGCGCGCGAGCAGCACCGACAAUUAAUAAGAACGUCGACAAGCAUUUUGCCGGCGCUGAAAGACACAAAAGCUACAUCUCUGAGAGAGGCUAUCAAAAACCUGCCCAGACCACCUAAACCAAAAUCGCGCGCUGCGAUUGUGGAUUGGUUCAAGAGGGAUGAGUGGCCUAGAGGUACCGGUCAAGAUCCCAAAACAAGGCUGCCAGCCCCUUGGUUCCACGGAAUCAUUUCUCGAGAUCAAGCGGAGAUUCUGCUUCAAGAUAAACCGACCGGCUCGUUCCUCGUCCGCGUUUCGGAGAGAAUAUGGGGGUAUACUGUAUCGUACGUGGUAGGUGAUGGUACUUUUAAGCACUUUCUCGUCGAACGUAUACCUGAAGGAUAUCAGUUUCUUGGCACAAAUCAAGUUGUACACGACCAAUUGUUUGAUCUUAUUUCUUACCAUGAGACUGCUCCUAUCACCGCCAAAGGUGGUGAAAUUCUCAAAUGGUCGGUUGGACAAAUGUUUCGCCCACCAGAUUACCAUGACAUCGUGCCAGACAAUGCUUUUUCACAGAUGAAUAGAUUGGUAGGACGCUUUUGACAGCACGAACCGGUACUUUUUUGGCAGAUACGGACAGUCUUCACAUAAUCUAAUGCCUUAAUUGCUACAGAUUGCAUAUAUAUAGUUAGGCACAAUCCGCAUAUGUAGUCAGGUUAUUUUUGCCUGAUGCAUGUUCAUGUUCUUAUGAAUCUCAAAUACGUGUGAUACUAUAUUUCAAAUUACUUUAUUUUUCCUCUUUUUCUGUAAAUAAGUUACGAAGAGAAUCCCAGUGCGAUAUAAUGUUAUGUCAGGAAUUUUCUCCUGUGCUUGUUCUUGUCGUAGUUUUCUAGGCUGUAGUCGUUUUGUGCAUUAACGCUUGGACAUUACGUUCAAACCAAUUGCCGUCAUUUCAAAGCUCACAAAUGUUAUUUGCUCGAUGAAGCCUUUAUUGUACAGAUAUACAGCGCAUUUCUUUUCGUUUUGGUUGCAUUGAUCUGCGUUUAUAUCACCUUUAGGUCGUCAUUUUUGGGACAGUGUAUUGUUAUUGUUUAGAAUUGUGCUGUAUAGAUGCAUGCUAUAAAUAUGACCAACUU